AUGGUUGCUGGAAUGCUGAUGCCCCUGCAUGACCUGAGGGCCAUCUACGAGAUCCUGUUUCGAGAUGGUGUCAUGGUGGCUAAGAAGGAUAAGAGGCCACAGAUCAAACACCCAGAAGUACAAAGUGUAAGCAACCUACAAGUAAUUCGUGCCAUGGGGUCUCUUAAGUCCAGGGGCUAUGUAAAGGAAACAUUUGCUUGGAAACAUUUCUACUGGUACCUGACCAAUGAAGGCAUUGUUUACCUGCGUGACUACCUCCACCUGCCCACUGAAAUUGUUCCUGCCACCCUGCAAAGGAUUAGGAAGCCGGCCGCCACUCUGGCCAUUGCUCACCGAGCUGCACGGGUCCAAUCUGUAGAAGGUCCAACGUCUUAUGUUCCUAAGCCGGGACGCAGGGCUGAAGCAGAAAGAAGAGAGGAACUAGCAGAGCGCCAAGGCUACCGCCAUAAGAUGGUGGGUUCUGGAGAAAGAGAGAAUUACCCCGAUAGGACCCCGAGGUUCAGGGGUCGUCCACUGGCUGGAGAACCGGCCAGAGAAAAGGCCUCAUGGGAAGUGGAGGGCCAGCCUCAGGACGUUUUUAGGAAGACCACCGGCUUCAGAAGCGAAACAGCAAUGAUGGAGGAUAACAGGGGGAAAAGAGCCACUCACCAGGAGCUUGAUGUUUACAGCAAGAAGCCCAUAGCAUCACCACAAAAGAGGAGAGCACUGGAGGUCGAAAAAGAGAAGCCAACAAGUUCUGCUCCCGCUCAGACAGCAGCUUUGAAGCAGGAUGUGUCACAGACCGCUCUGACAUCCUCCAAAACAGCCCUACCAUUAGCUGUGGCUGCUGUUGCUGAGGCCACAGGUGCUGCAGCAUCAAAGAUUCCAGCUAAGCCCUCUGCUCCCAAAACAAAUGAGGAAAUGAAGACCAAGGACAGGCCUAAUAUUGCUGAGGAACAAACUUCUAUGAAGCCUACUCAAAUGAUUACAAACAAACCAGUUCUCACAAUGCUUCCUGAUUUCGAUGCUAAAGAAGACAAAAUGAAAAUGGCGGUUGUGGAUCCAGUUAAAGUUGCAAAUGUGAGUGCUACAGCAGCCAAUGAUCAAAUAAAGCCCCAACAAGUAAAGCCUGUCACUUCAACAGGCUCUAUCAAAGAAACGAAGCGUGAAGUAAAUAAGGAAUUGAUUAAACCCACAGAGGUUUCAGCUGAGUCUAAAAUUAUAAAUGAUAAAGCAGAAAAAGUUACAGAUGCAGCUGCCACUCAGGACACUGCCAAAGCCAAACCUCACAGCGCCACAAACAAACCAAAGGGCUCCACUAAUGAGGUUAAAGAUUCUAAAACUGAUGAAGUGUCCCUAGAAGUUACUACAGUACAGAAAUCCUCAACACUUGAAGUCAAAUCCACCAUUACCACAGCAACUCUCGCAGCACCUUUGACCAAUGCUGAAGAUGCACAGCCUGUCACAGCAAAAGCUGCAGAGAUGACUGCAGAAGAGAAGAAAACGAAUUCAAAAGCGAUUCCCCCAGUCAGAAAAGAAGCCCCUAAAGGUUCUGUGCAGGAGCCCACAGUAAAAGUGCAAGAUGAAUCAGAUACAUCUCAGCCUCCUGAAAAUGCUGUCACCAGAGAGGUGCUUAAAGAAACCAAACAAGCGGUCGAGGGAGGCUCAAAAUCAAAAAGAAAGAAAAAGAAAUCUCAAGCUGAGGCCUUGAAGAGUGUCGAGAGUGCUGAGGGAUCACCUGGAAAUAAGACUGAACUUAGACCAGUGGCUUCAUCAGAGCCUUUAAUUGUGUCUACCUGCUCAAAGGGAACAAAGAAAAAUGAGGCUAAAUUACAUACUGACAGAGAGAAAACAGAAGAUGUCCCCAAACAAAUAACAGCUUAUUCAGAAGAAGCCUCACUGCCACUAGGACAGAUUCCUGCAGCGCCCCUAGUGGAGGGACAAAUAAAAGAGAAGUCUGAGGAAAGCAAUGCCGGAAAGAUUGCACAGGGACCAUUAUCCCCCAAGGGCAAGUCAAAUGUUACGUCGCCCCAUAUGGAGCCGGUGAAAUCUGAGGAAAUAACUGUGACCAAAGUGGAAACAGUGACAGUGCAGAAAAUAAGUGGAGUGGAGCUCGUGCAAGCAAGCCCUAAAUCUGAGCAGGAAAACCCUGCCCCACUGUCAGAACCUCAGAAACCCACAAUUGAGGCUAAAUCCCCCAUAAAUACAGAGAAAGCUACACAGGAACCUUUAAAGGGAAAGAAGAAGGGAAAAGGUAGAAAGCAGCCUAAAGAACCAGAGUCAGAGGUUAUAAACACAAAUCCUGUCCCUUUGCCUGAAGCAGAAACAUUGCCAUCAACUGACACUACACCCCUGCAUGAAGCUGCAGUUAAAGACAGCCCUGACAUGGCCUCCGGACUGACAGAAACUAAUGUUUCUUUAAAGAUGACUCUUGAAAGAAUGUGCAGUGAGGAAGUCAGGCAGGCAGCAGCUGUGCUCUCUGAGGCCCCAGCAGACAAAAGGGAGGUGGAGCCAGCCCUGCUCUUUGCAGAAAAAAUCAAGCGGGAGGCUCCAAAACCAGAAACAUCCUCCAGUGUGAGCGAAGCACCCGCAGCCGGAGAAUUAGCGUCAGCAGCAAGAGCGCUAACAGCAGAGCCAGCUGCAGCUCAGGCACAGGCCAGCCCACUCUUCGAGCGAGAGGAGCCUCCCAAAGUUGCACAACAUUCGGCCGCUCGGGCAGCAGAGUGCAGCACAGAGGAAAGGCUCUCUGUUUCUGAGGCCCUAACGCAGGAGGGAGAGAAGAAGAGGGACUUGAUAGAGGACACACCCUCUGCCACCGCCACGCCCGUGACCCGUCCUGACCAGCCUCACCAGCCUCACCAGCGGGACACCUGCAAGUUUGAAAUAUCUGACAUAGACGAGGCCACCAUGAAGAGGAAAAUAGUAGUAGUGGAGGAGAUUGUUGAGGUGAAGCAGCUCAUUAGUCCGGAGGCAGCUGGACAGCAGUCACCACCUCCACCUGUGGAAUCUGAGGAGGAAGGCGAGGAGCUGGACCUGGAUGUUCUGGAAGAAAUCGCUAUAGAGCGGGCAGUCUUGGCACAGGUGGCAAGGGGCAAGGGGCGAGGAGCCUCACCAGAGGUAGACUGGGACCACUCACUGGGGGAGCCAGAGGAGAAGACAUGGCCUAACUUCAUUGAAGAUGAACGAGACCGAGUGCAGAAAAAGACCUUCACAAAGUGGGUGAACAAGCACUUGAUAAAGGCACAGCGUCAUGUGACAGACCUGUAUGAAGACCUUCGAGAUGGACAUAACCUGAUCUCGCUGUUGGAGGUCCUCUCUGGAGAAACACUGCCUAGAGAGAAAGGCCGCAUGCGAUUCCACAAACUUCAGAAUGUACAGAUAGCACUGGACUUCCUCAGACAUCGGCAGGUCAAACUGGUUAACAUCAGAAACGAUGACAUAGCUGAUGGGAACCCUAAGUUGACCCUGGGGUUAAUAUGGACCAUCAUCCUCCACUUCCAGAUCUCAGAUAUUCAGGUCAACGGCCAGUCAGAAGACAUGACGGCCAAGGAGAAGCUGCUGCUCUGGUCUCAGAGGAUGACAGAUGGCUACCAGGGCAUCCGCUGUGACAACUUCACCACCAGCUGGAGGGAUGGCAAACUCUUCAAUGCUGUCAUACACAAGCACUAUCCCAGACUCAUCAACAUGGGCAAAGUGUAUCAACAGACCAACCUGGAGAAUCUAGAACAAGCCUUCAGUGUGGCUGAGAAAGAUUUGGGUGUGACCCGCCUGCUGGACCCUGAAGAUGUUGAUGUCCCACACCCAGAUGAGAAAUCCAUCAUCACUUACGUGUCCUCCUUGUAUGAUGCCAUGCCUCGCACUGAUGUACAUGACGGCAUGAGAACCAACGAGCUGGAGGUGCGCUGGCAGGAGUACUACGAGCUGGUGACUGUUCUGCUCCAGUGGAUCCGUCACCAUGUCAUGAUCUUCGAAGAGAGGAAGUUUCCUGCCAGCUACGAGGAGAUAGAGCUUCUUUGGCGCCAGUUCUUGAAGUUCAAAGAGACAGAGCUGCCAGUGAAAGAGACUGAUAAGAGCCGCUCCAAACACAUCUACCAGUCCUUUGAGAGUGCAGUGCAUGCUGGUCAGGUCAAGGUCCCUCCAGGCUACCAUCCCAUUGAUGUGGAGAAAGAGUGGGGUCGACUCCACGUGGCCAUCCUUGAGAGAGAACGACUCCUCAGGAUAGAGUUUGAGAGACUCGAGAGACUUCAGAGGAUUUAUGGUAAAGUCCAGAAGGAGUCAGGAAUGUGUGAUGAGCAGCUCGCCCACCUGGAGACCCUGCUGCAGACGGACAUCCGUCUGCUGAACGCAGGGAAACCAGCUCAGCACGCAGCAGAGGUGGAGAGGGAGCUGGACAAGGCAGACAACGUCAUUCGCCUGCUCUUCAAUGACGUGCAGGUACUCAAGGAUGGGCGCCACCCUCAGGCUGAACAGAUGUACCGCAGAGUUUACCGCCUCCAUGAGCGCUUGGUGAAUUUGCGCACUGACUACAAUCUUCGUCUGAAGUCUGCCGUGACUACUGCCCAGGUCCCACUUACUCAGAGCGUCCAGCAGACCUCCGUGAAGGGACGGCCCGAGUUGGAUGACGUAACCUUGCGUUAUGUUCAAGAUCUCUUGGCCUGGGUGGAGGAGAACCAGCGCCGCAUCGAUAACGCAGAGUGGGGAUCUGAUCUGCCUUCGAUGGAGUCCCAGCUGGGCAGCCACAGAGGCUUGCAUCAGACCGUGGAGGACUUCAAAUCCAAAAUCGAACGGGCUAAGGCUGAUGAGACCCAAUUAUCUCCUGUCAGCAAGGGCACAUACAGAGAAUACCUGGGAAAACUGGACCUUCAGUAUGGCAAACUACUGAACUCUUCCAAGUCCCGCCUAAGAAAUCUGGAAUCACUGCAUGCCUUUGUCAGCGCUGCUACUAAAGAGCUGAUGUGGUUGAAUGACAAAGAAGAGGAAGAGGUCAACUUUGACUGGAGUGACAGGAACACUAACAUGACAGCUAAGAAAGACAAUUACUCGGGUCUCAUGCGAGAGCUGGAGCUGAGGGAGAAGAAGGUCAAUGACAUCCAGACUUUGGGAGACAGACUUGUCAGGGAUGGACAUCCUGGCAAGAAGACCGUUGAGUCCUUCACAGCUGCCCUGCAGACUCAGUGGAGCUGGAUCCUCCAGCUGUGCUGCUGUAUAGAGGCUCAUCUCAAAGAAAACACAGCCUACUACCAGUUCUUUGCCGACGUUAAAGAGGCUCAGGACAAGAUGAAGAAAAUGCAAGAGAACAUGAAAAAGAAAUACAGCUGUGAUCGCUCUACAACAGCCACACGCCUGGAGGAUCUGCUGCAGGAUGCUGCGGAGGAGAAAGAACAGCUGAAUGAAUUCAAGACUGUGGUGGCCGGCCUGAACAAGAGAUCCAGGUCCAUCAUCCAGCUGAAACCACGAAACCCCACCACUUCCAUCAAAGGCAAACUGCCCAUUCAGGCUGUCUGUGACUUCAAACAGCAGGAGAUCACUGUCCACAAAGGAGAUGAGUGUGCACUCCUCAACAACUCUCAGCCCUUCAAGUGGAAGGUCUUGAACCGUUCUGGACACGAGGCGAUGGUGCCUUCUGUCUGCUUCAUUGUACCUCCUGUCAACAAGGAGGCUGUGGACAGCGUGUCCAGUCUGGAUGCAGGUCAUCAGGAAAUGGUGUCCAUGUGGCAGAUGCUCCAUAUAAACAUGAAGAGUCUACUGUCAUGGCAGUACCUGAUGAGAGACUUCACACAGAUACGCUCCUGGAACAUCACAAUGUUAAAGACCAUGAAGCCAGAAGAGUACAGGCUGAUCAUGCGGAAUCUGGAGCUUCACUACCAGGACUUCAUGCGUGACAGCCAGGACUCGCAGCUCUUCGGCCCCGAUGACCGCAUGCAGGUCGAGGAUGACUACACCAAGUCCACCCAGCAUUUCGACAACCUGCUUCGCUCCAUGGAGAAAGGUCAACAGAAUGAGACUCUGUGUAAGAACUACAUCUCUGAGCUGAAGGACCUGCGUCUGCGUAUAGAGGACUGCGAGGCUGGUACUGUGGCACGCAUUCGCAAACCUGUGGAAAAAGAGCCUCUCAAAGAGUGUAUUCAGAAGACCACAGAGCAGAAGAAAGUUCAGGGAGAACUUGACGGCCUUAAGAAGGACCUUGAUAAGGUGUCUGUUAAGACACAAGAAGUCUUGGCCUCCCCUCAGCCUUCUGCCUCAGCUCCUGUGCUGCGGUCAGAGCUCGACCUCACUGUACAGAAGAUGGAUCAUGCCCACAUUCUUUCCUCUGUUUAUCUUGAGAAGCUAAAGACUGUGGAAAUGGUCAUCCGCAACACGCAGGGUGCUGAGGGCGUUCUCAAGCAGUAUGAGGACUGUCUGCGUGAAGUUCACACUGUGCCUAGUGAUGUCAAGGAAGUAGAGACUUACAGAGCAAAGCUUAAGAAAAUGCGCACUGAAGCUGAGGGUGAACAGCCAGUGUUUGAUUCCCUGGAAGAAGAACUGAAAAAAGCCUCUGCCGUGAGCGACAAGAUGGCUCGUGUGCACAGCGAGCGCGACGUUGAGCUCGACCACUUCCGCCAGCAGCUGUCCAGCCUCCAGGAUCGUUGGAAGGCCGUGUUCACCCAGAUCGACCUUCGCCAGAGAGAGCUAGAGCAGCUCGGCCGCCAGCUCGGUUACUAUCGUGAGAGCUAUGAUUGGCUAAUCCGCUGGAUUGCUGAUGCUAAGCAAAGACAGGAGAAGAUUCAGGCUGUGCCUAUCACCGACAGCAAAACGCUGAAGGAGCAACUUGCCCAGGAGAAAAAACUGCUGGAGGAGAUCGAACAGAACAAAGACAAAGUUGAUGAGUGUCAAAAAUACGCUAAAGCAUACAUUGAUACUAUCAAGGACUAUGAACUCCAACUGGUUGCCUACAAAGCUCAGGUGGAACCUCUUGUAUCACCCCUGAAGAAAACCAAACUGGAUUCAGCUUCUGACAACAUUAUUCAGGAGUAUGUAACACUGAGGACCCGGUACAGCGAACUGAUGACUCUGACUAGUCAGUACAUCAAGUUCAUCACCGACACGCAGCGCCGCCUGGACGACGAGGAGAAAGCUGCAGAGAAACUCAAAGCAGAAGAGCGGAAAAAAAUGGCCGAGAUGCAGGCAGAGUUAGACAAACAGAAGCAGUUAGCUGAAGCUCACGCGAAGGCUAUUGCCAAAGCUGAGAAAGAGGCUCAAGAGCUGAAGCUCAAAAUGCAGGAAGAAGUAAGCAAGAGAGAAAUUGCUGCUGUAGAUGCAGAGAAGCAAAAGACCAACAUCCAGCUGGAGCUGCAGGAGCUCAAAAAUCUCUCAGAGCAGCAAAUCAAGGACAAAAGUCAACAGGUAGAUGAAGCGCUUCACAGCCGGACUAAGAUCGAAGAGGAAAUCCACCUCAUCAGGAUCCAACUCGAGACAACAGAAAAACAAAAGUAUACUGCCGAAUCUGAGCUCAAGCAGCUUCGCGAUAGAGCGGCUGAAGCAGAAAAACUCAGAAAGCUUGCCCAAGAUGAGGCUGAGAAGCUCCGUAAACAAGUAAGUGAAGAGACGCAGAAAAAGCGCCAGGCUGAGGAGGAACUCAAGCGCAAAUCUGAGGCAGAGAAGGAAGCCGCUAAACAAAAGCAAAAAGCUCUGGAAGACCUUGAAAAACUCAGGAUGCAGGCCGAGGAGGCUGAAAGACAAGUGAAGCAAGCAGAGAUUGAAAAGGAAAAACAAAUCAAGGUCGCUCAUGAGGCUGCACAGCAAAGUGCUGCAGCUGAACUCCAGAGCAAGCACAUGUCAUUCGCGGAAAAGACCUCAAAGUUGGAGGAAUCACUCAAGCAGGAGCAUGGUGCUGUCCUUCAGCUGCAACAGGAAGCAGAACGCCUCAAGAAACAACAGGAAGAUGCAGAAAAUUCCAGAGAAGAGGCUGAAAAAGAGCUCGAGAAAUGGAGGCAGAAGGCUAAUGAGGCUCUUCGUCUGAGGUUGCAGGCCGAAGAAGAAGCUCACAAAAAGACCCUCGCUCAAGAGGAAGCUGAGAAACAAAAGGAGGAGGCAGAGCGUGAGGCUAAAAAGAGAGCCAAAGCUGAGGAGUCGGCCCUGAAGCAGAAAGAAAUGGCUGAAGAAGAACUCGAGAGGCAGAGGAAGAUAGCUGAGAGCACAGCCCAGCAGAAACUCACUGCCGAGCAGGAGCUCAUUCGACUCAGGGCGGACUUUGACAACGCAGAACAGCAGAGAUCCCUCCUUGAAGAUGAACUUUACCGCCUGAAGAAUGAAGUCGCUGCAGCUCAGCAACAAAGGAAGCAGCUAGAAGGUGAGCUGGCCAAAGUUAGGAGUGAAAUGGAUAUCCUCAUUCAGCUGAAGACUAAGGCAGAAAAGGAGUCCAUGUCUAAUACAGAGAAGAGCAAGCAACUACUUGAGGCAGAAGCUGCCAAGAUGAAGGACCUUGCUGAGGAGGCAAGCAGGCUUAGAGCCAUUUCAGAGGAGGCUAAGCAUCAGAGGCAGAUUGCUGAGGACGAGGCAGCUCGUCAGAGGGCAGAAGCUGAGAGAAUUCUCAAAGAGAAGCUGGCUGCAAUCAGUGAGGCCACUCGCUUAAAAACAGAGGCCGAAAUUGCCCUGAAAGAGAAGGAGGCAGAAAACGAGAGACUCCGGAGGCAAGCUGAGGAUGAGGCUUACCAGAGGAAAGCUCUUGAAGACCAGGCCAACCAGCACAAGCAAGAGAUUGAGGAAAAGAUUGUGCAACUCAAAAAAUCCUCUGAGGCAGAAAUGGAAAGACAGAAAGCCAUAGUGGAUGACACACUCAAACAGAGGCGAAUUGUCGAAGAAGAAAUCCGGAUUCUUAAACUCAACUUUGAAAAGGCCUCAUCUGGAAAACUGGAUCUGGAGCUGGAACUGAACAAGCUGAAAAACAUUGCAGACGAAACCCAACAAAGCAAGAUCAGAGCCGAAGAGGAAGCAGAGAAACUGAGGAAGCUUGCCCUUGAGGAGGAGAAGAGGAGGAGGGAAGCAGAGGAAAAGGUGAAGAAGAUUGCUGCUGCAGAGGAAGAGGCCGCCAGGCAGCGUAAGGGAGCCCUAGAAGAGCUUGAACGGCUGAAGAAGAAAGCAGAAGAAGCCAGAAAGCAGAAAGAUGAGGCUGACAAAGAAGCUGAAAAACAGAUUGUUGUGGCCCAACAGGCAGCCCAGAAAUGCAGUGCAGCAGAGCAACAGGUUCAAAGUGUCCUUGCCCAACAGAUAGAAGACAGCAUCACGCAGAAGAAGCUCAAGGAAGAGUAUGAGAAGGCCAAGAAGCUGGCCAAAGAGGCCGAAGCUGCUAAGGAGAAAGCAGAAAGAGAGGCAGCUCUCCUUCGUCAGCAAGCAGAGGAGGCAGAACGGCAGAAAGCAGCAGCUGAGGAAGAAGCCGCAAACCAAGCCAAGGCUCAGGAAGAUGCCGAGCGACUUAGGAAGGAAGCUGAAUUUGAAGCUGCCAAACGAGCCCAAGCUGAGGCUGCAGCGCUCAUGCAGAAGCAGCAAGCUGACGCUGAAAUGGCAAAGCACAAAAAGCUGGCCGAGCAAACGUUAAAACAGAAGUUCCAAGUGGAGCAAGAGCUCACAAAGGUUAAGCUGAAGCUUGAUGAAACUGAUAAGCAAAAAUCUGUCCUAGAUGAAGAACUCCAGCGCCUCAAAGACGAGGUCGACGAUGCCGUCAAACAAAGGGGCCAGGUGGAGGAGGAGCUGUUCAAAGUCAAGGUCCAGAUGGAGGAACUGCUCAAACUGAAAAAUAAAAUCGAGGAGGAAAAUCAGCGUCUGAUUAAGAAGGACAAAGACAGCACACAAAAACUGCUUGCUGAAGAGGCUGAGAACAUGAGAAAGCUUGCAGAGGACGCUGCUAGGCUUAGUGUGGAAGCGCAAGAGGCUGCACGCUUGAGACAGAUUGCAGAAGAUGACCUUAAUCAGCAACGGGCACUUGCGGAAAAGAUGCUCAAAGAGAAAAUGCAGGCAAUUCAAGAAGCAUCUCGACUCAAGGCUGAAGCAGAAAUGCUCCAGAAGCAGAAGGACUUGGCUCAGGAGCAGGCUCAGAAGCUGCUGGAGGAUAAACAGUUAAUGCAGCAGCGCCUGGAGGAGGAAACCGAGGAAUAUCACAAGUCCCUGGAAGUAGAGCGAAAAAGGCAAUUGGAGAUCAUGGCUGAAGCUGAAAGACUCAGACUUCAGGUUUCUCAGCUCAGCGAAGCCCAGGCCAGAGCCGAAGAAGAGGCUAAAAAAUUCAAGAAACAAGCCGAUACAGUUGCUGCCCGUCUUCACGAGACUGAAAUUGCUACCCAAGAAAAAAUGACUGUAGUGGAAAGACUGGAAUUUGAGAGACUAAAUACCAGCAAAGAGGCUCAUGAUUUACGCAAAGCUAUUGCAGACCUAGAGAACGAGAAGGCUAGACUGAAAAAGGAGGCUGAAGAACGUCAAAAUAAGUCUAAAGAGAUGGCUGAUGCACAGCAGAAAAAAAUUGAGCAUGAGAAGACAGUCCUCCAGCAGACAUUCAUGACAGAAAAGGAGAUGCUAUUAAAGAAAGAGAAACUCAUUGAAGAUGAGAAAAAGAGGCUUGAGAGCCAGUUUGAAGAGGAAGUGAAAAAGGCCAAGGCUCUCAAAGAUGAACAGGAACGCCAGAAACAGCAGAUGGAGCAGGAGAAAAAGACACUCCAGGCUACCAUGGAUGCAGCCCUCAGUAAACAGAAAGAGGCUGAGGAAGAAAUGCUUAGAAAGCAAAAAGAAAUGCAAGAACUCGAGAGGCAGAGACUAGAGCAGGAAAGGAUUCUGGCAGAAGAGAACCAGAAACUGCGUGAGAAGCUACAGCAGCUUGAGGAUGCUCAAAAAGAUCAGCACACUAGAGGAACUGAUAAGGUCCUUCACAAAGAUGUUAUCCAUCUAACAACGAUUGAGACAACAAAGACAGUUUACAAUGGUCAGAAUGUUGGUGAUGCGGUAGAUGGUAUAGACAAAAAGCCAGAUCUGUUGGCUUUUGAUGGCAUCCGUGACAAAGUACCUGCAAGCAGACUUCAUGAGCUUGGUGUCUUACCAAAGAAGGAGUUUGAUAAACUGAAAAAUGGUGAAACCACUGUUCAAGAGUUAGGCAAGACUGAUAGUCUAAGAAACAUUCUCAAAGGAAAGAAUGCCAUUGGUGGUGUUUUGACACCCUCCAAUCAAAAAAUGUCAAUCUAUCAAGCAUCAAAAGAGAAGAAAAUUACUCCCGGCACAGCCAUGAUCCUUCUUGAAGCACAAGCAGCCACAGGUUACAUGUUAGAUCCAACUAAGAACCAGAAACUUUCUGUUAAUGCAGCUGUCAAGGAAGGACUGAUUGGCCCAGAACUGCACAACAAAAUGCUUUUAGCUGAGAGGGCUGUUGUUGGCUACAAGGAUCCAUACACUGGUGGAAAGAUCUCAGUCUUUGAAGCCAUGAAAAAGGGGCUAAUAGAACACGAUCAUGCAAUCAGAGUCCUUGAGGCUCAGCUUGCUACUGGUGGCAUCAUUGAUCCAAUCAACAGUCACCGUGUGCCCACUGAAACAGCCUAUAAACAAGGACACUAUGAUGCAGAAAUGAAUAAGAUCAUGGAGAACCCAUCAGAUGACACAAAGGGAUAUUUUGACCCCAGCACUCAGGAACCUUUGACAUAUUCUGAGUUAAUGGCAAGAUGCACUACUGACCCUGAGACCAGUCUGUUACUCCUGCCAAUCACAGACAAAGCUGCGCAGUGCUCUAGUAUAUAUACAGAGGAAGAGACCAAAGAUGUAUUCGGCAAAACAACUGUGUCUGUACCAUUUGGUAGAUUCAAGGGAAAGACUGUCACGAUCUGGGAGAUAAUCAAUUCAGAAUACUUUACAGAAGACCAGAAGAAGGACCUUCUCCGUCAGUACAAAACAGGCAAAAUCACAAUUGAAAAGAUCAUUAAGAUUGUUAUCACUGUUGCUGAGGAAAAAGAGAAGAAAAAUGAAAUUACCUUUGAUGGUCUGAGAGCACCCGUGCCUGCUACUGACCUCCUGGAAUCCAAAAUCAUUGAUAAAGAUCUGUACAACAAAUUGCAUAAUGGCAACAUGACCGUCAGUGCGGUGUCUCAAAUGGAGCCUGUCCACAAAGCACUGAAGGGCACGAACUGUGUUGCAGGUGUAGUCAUUGACUCCUCUAAGGAGACAAUGUCCUUCUAUCAAGCCAUGAAGAAGGACAUGAUGAGGCCCGGGCCUGCCUUGAACUUGCUUGAAGCCCAAGCAGGAACAGGCUACUUGGUCGACCCAGUUCACAAUCAGAAGUAUACCGUUGAUGAAGCUGUCAAAGCAGGUGUUGUUGGUCCUGAGCUGCAUGAAAAGCUUCUGUCUGCAGAAAGAGCUGUUACAGGCUACAGAGAUCCAUACACUGGCAAAACUGUAUCUCUGUUCCAAGCAAUGAAAAAAGAUCUCAUACCUAAAGAACAAGGACUCCGCUUACUCGAUGCCCAAAUGACAACUGGUGGCAUCAUAGAUCCAGUAAAGAGCCAUCGCAUUCCUCAUGAUGUGGCUUGCAAGAGAAACUAUUUUGAUGAUGAAAUGAAGCAGGCUCUGAGUAAUCCAACUGAUGAAACUAAAUGCUUCUUUGACCCCAACACAAAAGAAAAUCUCACAUACUCUCAGCUCUUUGACAGAUGUGUCACUGACAAGAAAACUGGUCUGCGGGUCCUGCCUCUUUCUGAUGAAGCAAUCAAUGCUAAGGAACAACCAGCAUACACCGAAGCCCAGACCAAAGAGGCUAUGACUCAGGCUACUGUAGAAGUUAACUCUGGACCAUUUAAGGGCAGGAAAAUGACCCUGUGGGAAAUUAUCAACUCUGAAUACCUCACUGAGGAAGAGAGACUUGACCUGCUCAGACAGUUUAGGUCAGGAAGAAUUACAAUUGAAAAGAUAAUUAAGAUUAUCAUCACAAUUGUAGAUGAGAAAGAAGCCAAGAAACAAGAACAGUCCAGCUUCAAGGGACUCAGAGCUCCUGUCCCAGCAGACUCCCUGUAUGAGUCUAAAAUCAUUGACAAACCAACCUUUGACCUGCUUCAACAAGGCAAAACUACACCCAAGAAAGUCAGUGAAAAUCCCAAUGUCAGUAAAUACCUCCAGGGCUCUAGUAGCAUUGCUGGACUCUACCUGGAACCAACAAAAGAGAAACUCAGCAUUUAUCAAGCUAUGAAGAAAAAGCUUCUCCGCCAUAACACUGGCCUUUCACUUCUCGAGGCUCAGGCUGCAAGUGGGUUCAUUGUAGAUCCUGUAAGAAACCAAUGCCUGUCAGUAGAUGAAGCAGUAAAGUCAGGAGUUGUUGGUCCAGAGUUACAUGAAAAACUCCUCUCUGCAGAAAAAGCUGUCACUGGUUACAAAGAUCCAUUCACAGGCAACAAAAUCUCCCUCUUUGAAGCAAUGCAGAAAGAUCUAAUCUUAAAAGAACAUGCGAUGCCCCUAUUGGAGGCCCAGAUUGUGAGUGGAGGAAUUAUUGACCCUGUAAAAAGCCAUCGUGUCCCCACUGAUGUUGCAUAUCAGAAGAACAUUUUGAGCAGAGAUAUUGCCAAGACCCUCUCUGAACCAUGUGAUGAAAACAAAGUUUUCUCUGACCCAGAAACUGAUGAGAAUAUAACCUACAGACAACUUAAAGACAAAUGCCAAAAAGAUAAAGACACAGGCCUGUACAUGCUCUCACUCUCCAAGCCGCAGUCUCCAACUGUUGUAGAGAAGACAUACCUCUACACAGAGGAGCAAACACAGAGUGAGCUGUCCAGUACCCAGCUUGACAUUCCUAUUGAGGGGCUUGCUGAUAAACCCGUGAAUCUCUGGGAUAUCAUGAACUCAAAUUUGCUUCCAGAGCAAGAGAGGCAGAAGCUCCUAGAUGAAUAUCGCUCUGGUAAAAUCACUAAAGAGCGGAUGAUCAUCAUCAUUAUUGAGAUCAUGGAGCAAAGAGAGAUCAUCAGAAAUGAUAGUCCACUGUCAUAUAUGACUAUAAGGAGAAGGAUAACUAUUGAGGAGCUCUACAAUGCUCGCAUCAUUGAUUUGGAAACAUACAACCUUCUUAAACAGGGCAAGAGAGACAUCCGUAACAUAAUGGAGUUGACAAGUGUAAAGCAGUAUCUUUAUGGAACAGGCUGUGUCGCAGGCAUCACAACAGACUCGAGCUCCAAGCUAAGCAUAUACCAAGCAAUGAAGAGAGGUUUUAUUAAACCAGAAAUAGGCCUCACCCUCCUAGAAGCCCAAGCUGCUACAGGAUUCAUUGUUGAUCCACUGAAGAACGAAACGCUCACUGUUGAUGAAGCUGUCCGUAAGGGUGUUGUUGGCCCUGAGAUCCAUGAUAAACUUCUUUCAGCUGAAAGAGCUGUCACAGGAUACAAAGAUCCCUACAGUGGAAAAAUCAUAUCACUUUUCCAGGCCAUGAAAAAGGAUCUCGUUCCAGAGGAUUAUGCUCUCAAAAUGUUGGAGGCACAAACUGCCACUGGUGGUAUUAUUGAUCCUGAAUUCCAGUUCCACCUGCCAACAGAUGUCGCUAUGCAAAGAGGCUAUAUCAACAAGGAAACCAAUGAGAAACUGAAUGAUGAUGUGAAAGGAUUCAUUGAUCCUGUCACUGAUGAGAAACUGUCAUAUGCACAGCUACUCAAACGAUGCAAGCUGGAUGGUGGAUUGCGCCUGCUUUCAUUGGGAGACCAGCGGCUGACAUUCAAGGGUCUGAGAAAACAAAUCACAAUUGAGGAGUUGAUUCGCUCACAAAUCAUUGAUCAGCAGACUGUCACUGACCUGAAUGAAGGUCUUGUUUCAGUAGAGGAGAUUAGCAAUAGGCUAUCAAGGUACCUGCAGGGCACAGGCUGUAUUGCUGGUGUAUUUUUGGAGUCCACAAAGGAACGCCUAUCAAUUUACCAGGCUAUGAAGAAGAACAUGAUUAGGCCAGGCACUGCAUUUGAACUCCUUGAGUCCCAGGCAGCCACAGGAUAUGUUAUCGAUCCAAUCAAAAACCUCAAACUGACUGUCAAUGAAGCAGUAAAGAUGGGAAUAGUAGGCCCAGAAUUCAAAGACAAGCUUCUCUCUGCUGAGCGUGCAGUAACAGGAUAUAGAGAUCCUUAUACAGGCAAGACAAUCUCUUUGUUCCAGGCCAUGAAGAAAGGGCUUAUCCUAAAAGAUCAUGGUAUCCGUCUACUCGAAGCUCAGAUUGCCACUGGCGGAAUAAUUGACCCGGAGGAAAGUCACCGUCUGCCAGUUGAGGUGGCUUACAAUCGUGGCUUCUUCGAUGAGGAAAUGAAUGAGAUACUGACAGAUCCAUCUGAUGAUACCAAAGGCUUUUUUGAUCCCAACACUGAGGAAAACCUAACCUACCUCCAGCUGAUGGAGAGGUGUAUCACUGAUCCUGACACUGGCCUGGUGCUCCUGCUACUCAAAGAGAAGAAGCGGGAAAGAAAGACCUCUUCCAAAUCCUCAGUACGUAAACGCAGAGUUGUCAUUGUAGAUCCAGAGACUGGCAAAGAAAUGACUGUGUAUGAGGCCUACCGCAAGGGGCUCAUUGACCACCAAACCUACCUGGAGCUUGCUGAGCAGGAGUGUGAAUGGGAAGAAAUCACAAUGACUUCUUCUGAUGGCACUGUAAAAUCCGUCAUUAUUGACAGGAAGUCAGGAAGACAGUAUGAUGUUGAUGACGCUAUUGCACGUGGCUUUAUUGACCAGAAUGCUCUUGAAACAUACCGAGCUGGAAACCUGUCCAUCACAGAGUUUGCUGACAUGCUUUCUGGAAACAUGGGAGGCUUCCGUUCACGAUCAUCCUCAUUUGGUUCUACCACUGGUUCCACUUACUCCUCUCCAAUGAGCCCCCUACCAUCAAUUAAACCACCUGCAGUCAUAUGGAAUGACCCAACAGAGGAGACUGGCCCUGUAGCAGGAAUAUUAGACAUAGAUACAUUGGAAAAAGUGUCUGUCACUGAGGCAAUCCACAGAAAUCUGGUAGAUAACAUCACUGGUCAAAGACUGUUGGAGGCCCAGGCAUGUACAGGUGGAAUAAUUGACCCCACAAGUGGAGAGAGAUACUCAAUUGCAGAGGCCACAGAAAAAGGUCUUGUGGACAAAAUCAUGGUUGAUCGUCUCAACCUGGCUCAAAAAGCAUUCAAUGGAUUUGAAGACCCCAGAACUAAAGUGAAGAUGUCUGCCUCCCAGGCGUUGAAAAAGGGCUGGCUGUAUUAUGAGGCUGGUCAGCGUUUCCUUGAGGUCCAAUAUCUAACUGGUGGACUCAUUGAGCCUGAUGUUGAGGGCAGGGUGUCAAUAGAUGAAUCCAUUAGGAAGGGUACGAUCGAUGCUCGCACUGCCCAGAAACUGAGGGAUGUCAGUGCCUAUUCUAAAUAUCUGACCUGCCCAAAAACCAAACUGAAAAUCUCCUUCAAAGAUGCCAUGGACAGAAGCAUGGUUGAGGAAGACUCCGGCUUAAGGCUUCUGGAAGCCUCUUCACAGUCUAGCAAAGGCCUCUACAGUCCCUACAAUGCUAGUGGCUCUGGAUCGGCUUAUGGCUCCCGGACUGGCUCAAGAACCGGAUCCCGAUCAGGCUCCAGGAGAGGCAGUUUUGAUGCUGGCUCUGGCUUCAGCAUGAACUUCUCAUCUUCCUCCUUUACAUCUUCUUCUAGCUACAGUCGCAGACCAGUGGGUUUGAUGGAAGAGCCUGCCAACAGAAGCUCCGGGGCAUUCACCACCCUGAAUUCUUCACUUAGCUCCCUUGACUACUCUGAAUUGACCCCUUCUCUCCCAACUCUCUCUGCGUUUGAUGAGCGGGAGGAUAAAGGCUGCUACUUGUUUGGAUCACCAGGAGCUACUUCACAGGAUCAGAGCUAUGGCAGGGAAAUAGAGGACAUGAGCCAAUGGCAGUGUGAAUUCAGGGGUCAAAUCAGAGCACUGAGACAGUGGCUCAAGAGCAUGGAGAUGAGGCUACCUCCUCUGGACCCCAGGAAAGGCGAUGUCUGCGUGUUAAUGGCUGUCAUAUUUGAUCAGAUCCUUAGCGGCUUUCCCAGGACUGAGCUACAGAAAGCGCUGGCUGAUUGCCACUGCUUUUUCUGUGCCAGGCUCAACAGUGGGAUCCUCGACAAGCCUGUCACAUUGAUUUCUAAGCCCAGAAUAUUUCAGAUUAUGGGCAACCUCAUCAGCCGGCCCAGCUGCCUGGGCCAGAAGUCCAAGCAUGUCAGGUCAGAUGAGGACUUUCUGAAGGAGUGCUACCAACGAAGAAAAGAAUGGCAGCCAGCAGAGCAACAUGGGGAGGCCAAAAAGGAAGAGACUUUCAAAGACAAAGCCAACGAUGAUGCGAGCAAGGAAAGAGAGGUGGAGAGUUACAAGGAACCCCAGGAAAUUGAUCUUAAAAGGGAGCAGGGAGCUGAAACUCCCAUUUCAGAUAAACCCCUUCACAGCUCUCCUGCAUCAACAAUCAGGAGUACCAGUACUCUAGAAAAUGCUUGGCAAGGCAGCCCGUCUCCCAUAAAAACCUCUCGAAAUGGCACUCUGACAAGGAGGACAGUACCUCCUGAGUUCGCCAGAUCACCUCUGGCUCACCCAGAGAAAACCGCUGCAGAGAGGAGGGCCAGCUUCCAGAGGAGAGACUCUAGAGAAGGAAGCCCCUGGUCCUGGAAGACUGUGGCAUCACGUGAGGUCACAGAAGUGACAGAGGUGACAGAGACAACUGUAACAGAAAUUGUGGAAGUGACAGAGUAUCCACCAGGAGAUAAAGGAGGGAACCCCAUUGUCACCAGAACCGUGAGAGUCUUGAAUGGUGUCGCGGAGGAACUUGCAGAGCUCCAAAGUUCAAGCUCAGAUCAGGAUCCCACCCUGGAUAAAUGGAGGGGAACAAGAUCUGCCUUGGCACUAAAGGAUGUUUCUACAGAUUCUGAAACAUUUCUCCAAAAUCUGGAAGCUUUGCUUAAAUGGGUCAAAGAAAUAGAGGAGCUCACAGCAAAUCAGAAACCCCCAUCAUCAGAGGUGAAAGUGGUGAAAGCACAGCUCCAAGAACAAAAGCUCUUGCAGCGUCUCCUAACAGACCGGAGGCGUAGUAUAACCUCCAUGAUGUCAGAAGGCACUCAGCUGGUGGAGGCCCAUGUGGGAGAAGAAGGGGAGCAGGUAAAGGUCAAACUAUCCACUCUUAAUCAGAAGUGGGAGGCCUUACAACAGGAAGCAGAACAAAGGAGGGCAAGCCUGGAGCUCAUCCUUCCCAGGGCCCAGCUGUUCCAGGAAGGAGUGGACAGCUUGCAGCAAUGGCUCAUAUCUAUGGAACAGACUCUAGCUGAACUUCGAAAUGCAGAAAGAGUAAUGCUGCAUCUCACAGAGGCCUCCGACCGGGCCAAGGCUGUUGUUGAAGAAAUUCAAGUUAGAACUGCUGAACUAGGGAAAAUACAGAAGUCAGGUCAUGAGCUAAUGGAAGCGUUAUCAGAGGAGGAAGCCCAGCAAGUACAGGAGAAGAUGGAUGCUUUGCGUAUUCGUUGCUCUGUGCUGAGUCUGAGCAGUCUGGACGUGCUGCAGAGACUGGAACAAGCGCUUGAGGCCUCCAGUCGUUGUACCUCCAGCCAAGAGGACCUCAACCUGUGGCUGGGUCGCAUUGAGCGGGAGCUCUUGGGGGCAGCAGGGGCACAGACUCAUGCUGGAGAUGCAGUAUUAUGUGCAGCUGAGAGACAAAGGUUGGAAAAGGCAGUGGUAAAGGAGAUAGCUUGGUUCAAAGAUACAGCAGCCAAACUUGAGAAGCUGAAAACUAUUGAUCUUGAUCCAGAGCUCAUCGCAGAACAGGUCUAUGAGCAAAAGAUUUUAGCAGUUGAGAUUCUACAACAUCGGUUCAAUAUUGAGAAGAUGGUAAAAAUCACUGAAAUCUUGAUGACAUACAGCGAUGAAGGGGAAACUGGCGAUCUUCGGACCCCAAUUGAGGCUUUACAAGAACAAUGCAACACCACCUCAGCUACCAAUUCCCACGUGGUCCUGCAGCUUGAGCAUGCUCAGUCACUCCUUCUUCAAUUCUCUGAGGGCUUUGCUGAGGUUUCACCGUGGCUUGAAGAAACUCAGACCCUGAUUGGCCAGCUGUCCCUCACCACAAUUAGCUAUGAGGCAUUUCGGGAACAACAGGACCUUUUACAGGGUCUUCGGGAAUCUAUAGCUGAACAUAGACCUUUGAUUGCACGUUUAUGUUCUCUGGCAAAACGCUUGUCAGAACUAAACUCCAUUCAGGGGGAUCAGUUCUGCCGCAAGGCCACAGAGGCCGAGGAGCAGCAUAGAGCUAUUAGAGACCGCGUGAGAGAGACUGCCAAUCUACUGGAGGAGUCCUUGCCUCGAUUCACUCAGCUGAACGAGAGGAUGACUCUUAUCAAAGAGAGUCUACACCGCCUGCUCAGUCGCAUACAGACACCCACCUUACUUCAAGGUCUCACGCCAAGAAUCCAGGAGCAGCUGCAGGACAACAAGCAAACCUUGGCUGAGUUGUCCAAACUUGAGUUAGGCCUCAGCAGCGUCAAAACACAGGCGGAUGAACUACUGGCUAACACUCGGGCUGCCGGGGACGGAUCAAUCGGCACAGCAAUUCAAGAGCGAGUGUCCAGCUUGUCCCUGCUUUGGGAUGAGACACAUAAUCAAGCUAAAGAGAGGGAAACCUGGCUGCUCAAACUCUUGGACCUUGCCAUUAAAUACUGGAGCGAUGUCAGCGAUGUCACAACUGCUCUUAAUGAUGCUCAGCAGGCUGUUUUGGAUCUCAAUGCUAGUCGAACAGACUCUGAAACAAUACGUCAGAGCCUUGAAACCAUGCAGACUCUCAGGGAGGAUAUAGACAGUUUGCAGGGAGAUCUGGACAGUCUUGGCGUUCUGGGAAUGGAGCUGAUGUCAGCAUGCGGGGAUACCGACAAACCAGAUGUCACAAAGAGCCUAGAUGAACUCUAUUGCACAUGGAACAACUUAAGCAAACUAUGGAAUGAAUGUCACAAAAAGCUGGAGGACUCCUUGCAGAUGGCACUGCAUUAUCAAGAUACCAUGCAGGGACUGUUUGAGUGGUUGAAAACAGCUGAGCUGAGGUCUGCAGAGGAGUUCGUGGUAGGAACUUACUUGGAGUCAGUCAAAGAACAGCUAUGUGACCUCAAGGAAUUGAAGCGGGAACUUUACCAAAAGAAGAUUGAGAUAGAAAGUCUGAACCAUCGGUUUGUGUGUCGGCUGUCUCCAGGCUCAGAGCGUCCAGGCUCAAUCUCGCCACUGUGUGACUUCAGACAGCGUUGGGACAGUCUGGAGUCAGAGACUGUCAACAGACAGCAUCAGUUAGAGUGUGCUCUGCUGGGUCUCGGUCAGUUCCAAAACACACUGGAUGAGCUGCACACUUGGCUUUCCAGGACCACUGAACAACUGCAGGGCAGCCAGCCAAUCAGCAUUGACCUGCAGGCAUGUGAAAUAGAGCUGGCUAAACACAAGGUGUUGCGGAAUGAUGUUAUGUCUCAUGUUCGCACAAUGGAGUCCCUCAACAAGGCAGGCAGGGGGCUGCUGGAGGUUGGGUCUGCAGAAGGUCCACAUGGUCUGCAGUCUCGAUUGGAGCAUCUCAAUGAAAGCUGGGAGUUUGUCCGCUGUGAGACUGAACGAAGGCAGCUGGAAUUAGAGAACAGACUGAGUCAGGUGCAAGAUGUUACAAUGGAGAUUCAGGACCUUUUACAGUGGUUGGAGAAUACAGAACUGAGACUGUCCUCUUCUAAAACCAUGUGGGGCAUGCCGGACUCUGCAAGUGAAAGGCUCAAUGCCCACUUGGAGUUGUGUAAUGAGAUGGAGUCAAAGCUCCACACCUAUACAGAUGUGAAGAAUUCCAUUCACAGGAUGCUGGAGAGCAGCGGUGUUGUGCGGGGAUCGAGCACCGAACACAGCUUGUCGAUUCUUGAACAGAAAUGGGUGUCUGUUUACAGCAAAGUCCAGGAGCGAAAGGCACAGCUCACAGAGGGACUCAAUUUGGCCAAGGAGUUUCACAGCAGUGUCCAGGAGCUACUCACUAAGAUGAGCAAGUGUGAAGAGUCAAUGGGGAAUCUGCCUGCUCCUAGCUUUGUUCUGGACACAGUUUGUGCACAGCUGCACAGUCACAGAACACUGGUGAAUGAGGUAAACAAUUAUGGAGAGAAGAAGACCACAGUGGAGAACGCAGGCCUCAGACUAACUGAGCUCAGCAGAAAGGACGACUGUGAUGUCAUUCAUAACCUAAUCAUGACCGUCCAGGAUCGAUACAAAAAGCUACAGCAGCGGACUUCAGAAAGAGGAAGAAUGCUGGAGGAUGUUAAAAAGAAUGCCAAGCAGUUUAAUGAAUCUUGGCGCCUCCUGGUGGACUGGAUGACAGAGGUCGAACAGACAUUAGACACACAUAAGGAGAUUGCGGUGUCCCACGAAGAGAUUAAGCAACAAUUGACAGAGCAAAAGGAGUUCCAGAAACUACUGAGAUCAAAGAGGCCCAUGUACGAGGCAACACUGAAGAGCGGUCGCAGUCUGCAUGAAAGAGCUCAAACCUCCCACGAUAGGCAGCAUCUGGAGAACUUAAUGGCUGAACUCAAAGACACAUGGGACACCAUCAGUGGCAAGUCCAUGGAGAGGCAACACAAGCUAGAGGAAGCACUGCUGUUCUCAGGAAGAUUCACUGACGCUCUGCAGGCACUGAACGACUGGCUGUAUAGAGCAGAACCCCAACUGGCUGAAGACGUACCUGUUGGUGGAGACAAAGACAUGGUCAACAAUCUCAUAGACAAACACAAGGCCUUCCAGAAGGAGUUGGGAAAGCGAGCCGGAUGCAUUAGGACCCUGAAGCGCUCUGUGAGAGAUCUGACCAGGAGCAGCACGGCCGACGCUCACUGGCUGCAGGAGCAGAUGGAUGAACUGGAGGGCCGCUGGGAAGCUGUGUGCAAACUGUCAGUCAGCAAGCAGGACAGGCUGGAGGCUGCGCUUCAGCAGGCUGAAAAGUUCGAUAGGCUCGUUCAUUGUUUCAUGGAGCGGCUCACCGAGGCCGAGAGGAUCCUAAAAUACGGGGUCAUACCAGAGGAGGAGGAAGGUCUGCUUUCCUUCCGCAAACAGCACGAGGAGUCGCUGUCUGCCUUGCAGGCUCAGGCAGUGGAGCUUGAGAACAUCCAGUGUUUGGGUGAGGAGAUUCUUGCCUCCUGCCAUCCAGACUCCAUAAUCACCCUAAAAUCGUGGAUCAGUGUCACUAAGACACGCUACGAGGAAGUUCAGACCUGGGCCCAGCAGCAGGGCCAGAAGAUCCAAGCCAGCUUGACAGCGCUGGAGACAGAGAGAGAGGAAGUCCAAAGACUGCUGGACUGGAUCUCAUCAGCAGAGGAAGCCCUCAGCCUCAGAGAUCAAGAGCCUCUGCCUGAGGCCACAGAGCAUAACCAAAAACUCAUUGAGCAACACACAGUAUUCAUGGAGGAGUUAAAUAAAAAGUUCCCAGAGGUAGAACAUGCCACAAAAUCCUGCAAACAGAAGAGCAUGUCGAAGCAGCAAGUUUCCCCAAGCAAACGGCCGCUCACCAAGAGAAGGAGUGCUAUGAAGUUGCAGCCUGCUAUACCAGUCCCCCUGGAGCACCUUGACCCUCAGACCCCACAGCUCAGUCAGCUGGUCAGUGAGUGGCAGAAACUUUGGCUCCUGGCUGUGGCGAGACAAAACCGCUUGGAACAACACCAGCAAAUGCUCAAAGAGAUGGAAGAAUUUGCAAACUUUGACUUUAACAUUUGGCGAAAGCGUUACAUACAGUGGAUUAGUCAUUUGAAGUCUCGGAUCUUGGACGUGUUUCGCAGCAUCGACCGGGACCAGGAUGGACGGAUUAGCCAGAAGGAGUUCAUCGAUUAUGUUCUUGCCUCUAAAUUCCCCACAAGCUCUCUAGAGAUGAACGCUGUCGCCAACAUCUUUGACAUGAACAACGAUGGUUUCAUCGACUACUAUGAGUUUGUGAGCGCACUCCAUCCCAGCAGAGAUCCCUACAGAAAAACACUGGAUGCCGAUCAGAUCAAUGAAGAGGUGAGCCGACAGGUAGCACAGUGUAACUGUCCCAAGAGGUUUCAAGUGGAGCAAAUAAGUGCCAACAGAUACAGGUUUGGAGAUUCCCAACAACUGAGGAUGGUUCGAAUCCUGCGUAGCACAUUGAUGGUCAGAGUCGGAGGAGGCUGGACUGCUCUGGAUGAGUUCCUGGUUAAAAAUGAUCCCUGCAGAGUAAAAGGUCGGACCAACCUGAAGAUAAAAGAGAAGUACUUGUCCCCUGCUGGGAGCACCUCUAAAGGUUUGACUGUCAGCAGGUCCAACUCAAGCCUCAGCCUGUACAGCAGUGCCUCUGCCCCCACCAGCCCCAUGACACGCAAGGCAUUACUUCGUAGGAGUUUCUCAGGUGACCGCUGCAUUCGCCCCAGGAGCUCCAUAGCUGCUUUGGGGUCUGACCUACAGUUUGCCACAACAGGGGAGGAUAACUCUCCAUCACCACCAGACGAAACUGAGAGGUUGCCCACAUGAUUAUCUCUCCUUCUGAGCACCCUGAGUAUGCUGCAGCGCUCAACCCAAACACAGCCUUGAAGCCCCAAAAGAGUGACAAGCAAAAGUUAGGUGCUAGAAGGGGCCUGAAAAUAAUGGAAUCAUUCACAUUUGACCAGGUGAAAAUGAAGGAAAAAUACAGGAAAGGUCACUGAAAGUGCUGCUAACAGGCGUGCAGCUUUGGGUAAUCUGCGUGAGAAGAAUGUCUCAGUGUGGACAAUGAGGGGUCGGUCCAGAUGCAAGGCAGAGAUUUUUUUUGUCCCUUUUUUCUCAUUUCAUAUAUUUGUAUCUGAUUGCGUAGAGAGUAAGAAUUUCUGCAUGGAUACUUGCUGCAUGAUAGCCAGAGCAUUGCUUUAAUCAGAACUGCUUUUAUUUUCCAAGCCUGCUAAAGAUGAGCUAAAGUCGGACGGUGUCGGGAGAUGUCAGUAACGCUCUGUUACUGAUUCAAGGUGACAUAGUGCUAAGACUCACAUAUGAUGGCACUGAAAGGUGUUGUGUUAUCUGACUCUGCUAUCAACAUCCAAAAAAAAUACUCAUAUACCAAAAUCAUAACUAUAUAAAGGGUACAGUAUGCCGUCCGUCAGCUUUGUGAUAUUUUUUUUUUGUUUUUAUGUCAUUCCAUGAAGAGGAUAUUGUUGGCAGGGCCACACUUUCUUUUGUCUUUUAAUUGUUUUGGACACCAUGUUUUCAUAUAAAUGUAUUUUUAUUCUUUAUUGUAAGGAUGCUCUAAACACUGGAGAUUGUUUAACGAACAAUGCACUGAAGUACGACGGGCCAUUGUUGAUUUGUAGAGAUUCUUUUUCUCAGGACUGGUUGUGUCUUUCGAUGUAUGUUUCUAUGGAACAUUACUGUGAACAUGUAGAUGUGUUUUUUUCUUCAUAACACUGUACUUAGAAAAGUUUCUUUAGCGCAUUUGUCUUUAUAAAUAUGCACU